AUGGGAGAUCUCACCGUCGAGCUCACCGCGCCCAAUGGGCAGAAGUGGACUCAGCCAACUGGCCUCUUCAUCAACAACGAAUUUGUGCCCUCAUCCACGGGACAAACCAUUAUCACUAUUGACCCAGCUACCGAAGAAGAAAUCGUAUCAGUGUACGCAGCCAACGCAAAUGAUGUCGACAAGGCAGUGAAGGCGGCAGCGGCAGCAUUGAAGAACCCUGCGUGGAAAGGCCUCCCGGCUUCAGACAGGGGCAUCCUCAUGGCUCGCCUCGCCGACCUGAUGGAAUCGAAUAGAGAGUUACUUGCAAGUAUUGACGCCUGGGACAAUGGCAAGACUUAUACUGAGGCGUUUACGAACGACCUGGUUGAGGCAAUUGGCGUUAUCCGCUAUUACAGCGGUUGGUGCGAUAAGAUCUUCGGCCAGACCAUCGCACUGCCAAACAAGCUUGCCUACAUUAUUCGGCAACCCGUUGGCGUCGUGGGUCAGAUCAUCCCGUGGAACUACCCUCUCUCCAUGGCAACGUGGAAACUUGGCCCAGCUCUAGCCUGCGGAAACACAGUAGUCCUCAAGGCGGCUGAGCAGACCCCAUUGAGUAUCCUCGUUUUAGGCCGUCUCUUCAGGGAGGCUGGCUUUCCUCCAGGUGUUGUGAAUUUCAUCAACGGUCUGGGCAAGGAUGCCGGUGCCGCCCUUGUCCAGGACCCCUUAGUGGACAAGGUCGCUUUCACGGGGUCAACGAGCACCGCAACGAACAUCAUGGAGAUGGCGUCGGCGACAUUGAAAAACAUUACCCUCGAGACGGGUGGAAAGUCGCCUCUGUUGGUUUUCAACGACGCGGACCUCGAACAGGCUGUCAAGUGGUCGCAUGUGGGCAUCAUGUCCAAUCAGGGCCAAAUCUGCACAGCCACGUCACGGAUUCUUGUCCAACAGGACAUUUAUGAGACGUUCGUCAGCCAAUUUGUUGAAGAAGUCCAUAAGACAAGCAAGGUAGGCAACCAAUGGGACCCCGAGACCUACCAAGGGCCGCAGGUCUCGAAGCAGCAAUACGAGCGCAUCCUAUCCUACAUUCAAAUCGGCCUUGACGAGGGUGCAACGAUCAGGACGGGAGGCGAAAGACCGGAGCAUCUGAGCAAGGGGUACUAUGUCUCCCCGACUGUCUUCACUGACGUCGAGAGCGACAUGAGGAUCUGGUGCGAAGAGAUUUUUGGGCCCGUUGUCGUUAUCCAGAAGUUUGGCGAGGAGGCCGAGGCGAUUAGGAUCGCCAACGACAGCGUGUAUGGUUUGGGUGCGGCCGUCUUCACAACGAACCUGGAGAAGGCACAUCGCGUUGCUUCCGAGAUCGAGUCAGGCAUGGUGUGGGUAAACAGUAGCCAGGACUGCGAUCCCAGAGUUCCUUUUGGUGGCGUAAAGCAGAGCGGCAUCGGACGAGAGCUUGGUGAGGCAGGUCUCGAAGCGUAUAGCCAGAUUAAGGCGGUCCACGUAAAUGUGCGCAACAGACUAUGA